CCCCUACUCGCACCACGAGGUCCACGAUACACCGAAAUGUACAAAACACAAACCAUAUUUAAUUGGUAGAAUAAAAACCAGAGAUUAUAGGAGUCCUAGCAUUUUCCUAUUCAGAAAAAAAUGGCUGAACAAUCCAACUUUCUGGCUGAAAAAAGGUAUGCAGUAGUGACAGGUGCAAACAAAGGAAUAGGGCUUGAAAUAUGCAGACAGCUUGCUUCUCAAGGUGUGAUUGUACUUAUCACUUCUAGAGAUGGAAAGAAAGGAUUAGAAGCCCUUAAUGAUCUCAUUAAAUCUGGAAUUAGCUCUGAUAAUCUUCAUUAUCAUCAGCUUGAUGUUACUGACCCUAUGAGUAUUACUGCUCUUGCUGGUUUCAUCAAUUCCAAAUUUGGCAAGCUUGAUAUUCUGGUGAACAAUGCUGGGAUAGGUGGAUUUAUAAUUGACUACGAUGCUAUCAAAGCAAUAGGUUUUCGCAAUAUCAAUUAUGACGAGAUGAUGACACAAACAUAUGAGCUUGCAAAAGAAUGCUUGGAAACAAACUACUAUGGAGUUAAGAGAACAACUGAAGCUUUGCUUCCUCAGCUGGAGUUAUCGGAUUCACCAAGGAUCAUCAAUGUCUCCUCUUCUACGGGGAUGUUGAAGAAUAUACCAAAUGAGAGGAUCAGAGGAGUCUUGGGUGAUGCAGAGAAUCUUACAGAAGAAAAAGUUGAAGCGAUUUUGAAUGAGUUACUGACAGAUUUCAAAGAUGGUUCAUUCAAAGAGAAAGAAUGGCCUUCUAGAAUGGCAGCUUAUACACUGUCAAAGGCGGCUUUGAAUGCAUAUGCAAGAAUAUUGGCUAAGAAAUACCCGUCAAUUAUCAUCAGUUGUGUUUGUCCUGGUGUUACUAAGACAGAUAUGAACGGAAACUUGGGACAAUUAACAGUUGAAGAAGGGGCCGCAAGUCCGGUGAGAGUAGCAUUGAUGCCUCAUGGUUCACCUUCCGGUCUUUUCUAUGCAAGAAGCGAAGUUUCUUCAUAUGAAUAAAUGGAUUUUCCUGCAUAUUCAGUUCGAUUUCAAUAAACUGGUUUGGGUUAAUAUCGAUUUAUCAAAUUGUUGCUAAUUGCUAUUUGUACAUGGCAAUUGCCUGUUCUGAUUGAAUGUUAAAACGAAUUUAUGCAUUCUCUUACAUGAUAAUUUAUGCAAUGGGUACCCUGCCUUUACAAUUUA